CCCCCGGUCGCGUCCGCCCAGCGUUAAGGAGCGGCGACCGAGAAGACGUCGGAGACGUGAGGAGACGUGAGGAGACGUGAGGAGACGUGAGGAGAAGUGGGAGACGUGAGGAGACGUGAGGAGACGUGAGGAGACGUGAGGAGAAGUGGGAGACGAUAUUUAUCUCCACCGCCGUAUCAUCUGUCAGGAGAUCUUCCAGAAUUAUCUAUCGGAUCCACCUGGAGGAGAUCAGUGAGGCGCCCUCGAGCCGGGAGCCAUGGGAGCCAUGGAUAAUGAAGAAUUGAGGCUGACGACUGAGGAAGAGCUGUUGUUGAGCACGGCAUUCGACGAAGAUUUGCACAUUAGCCUGUCGCGGUCUUACGAGUCGGACGUGGAGAACCUUCAAGAAAGGAAAUACCAAGAGGAGCUCCUCAAGAGAAUUAACUUCAACCAGCGGCAGCUCAACCACAAACGCAUCGCGGGCUCGAGCCAGUCUCGCGAGUCGGCGAGCAGCACUGACUCGGGCAGCAAUGCCCUCCCUCCGCUACCGUACGUGGAACACAUGCACGGCGACGACCCGGGGAGCGGGCGCGCAGCGUGUGGAGGGCACGGAGUUCGUGGGGGACAUGGAGCUCAUGGUGGGGGGCACGGAGCUCGUGUAGACGUAAACGCGCUGCUCCAGAGGGAUAGCUUGGAUUACGCGUCUGGCGAGGAGGAAUCCACCACGGACACCGACGCAGAGGAGCAAGCCGUGGUGGGAUUCGUGGAUGGCGGCGCUGAUGACAUUUCCGAAGACGGCUUGGGAUUUGAAAACGACUUCAUCAGAGACGCCUCGACGCCCUUGCAGAGAAAUCACGAUUCUGUGCACCUGAGCGAGUCCCAAGGAGACACGUCGGAGUUCGGCUCCAGUGAUGAGAUUAUGCCGCGCAGCGCGAAUCCCGAUGGGCAAAACGAACACGCAAGAAAAAUGCGCGGUGCACAUUUGGGACCAACUGAGAAAGUGGCCAGUUUUAGUAAAGUUAAGUUUGCGGAGUCCGAGUUAAAAUAUAGUUUAUCCGUGGACGAGAACCAGCAGCAGCAGGUGGCUCAGAGGCUGGGCACCCCAUACCACGCAGAGCACAAGGAGGAGGCACGGGUAAUCGAGCGUCACGAAGGACCGGAAGAUCCGAGAGAUCGUCGACAUCAGAAGAGAGAGGUCGCAAGGAACUCGAGGAAUAAGCUGCCUGAGAUCGUACGUGACGGGGAACCCCGCAGGGAGAAGGAGCAUUUGCUUGUGGAAGAACACACGGCAGAGGAGAGCGAUGAAUAUUAUCUCAACGGAGUGAAGCAAGAUCCCUUGCCCAGUGCUCCGAGACGGAAAAGGAAUCGAUCCAAACCGCCGGAGCGUAUGGCCGUGACAGAUCAAGGGAGGCAUGACAAGUCAGUGGAAUUCCCGUCCAGGACAGGCAUCGCAGCAAGGGAUGUAGAGAGCUCGAGACGGGUCACACUUAAGCAUCGUUCAAAAAUACCCGUACUGAUGCCUGAACAUCGGGAUCACAGUGAAGGAGAAGAAUAUGAAUCCCUUCAUUCUGCAAUGCAAGAAGAGUACAACAAUAUGCUGCUACGUGCAGCAGCGCAGAAGCCACCAGGUGAUGGUUUUGCAGAGCAUCCUAAACAAAUCCAUUCCUUACACAGAAACAAUGAGGCCACUGCACAAUCAGCAGUGCACGACAAAGAGCAGACAGACGAUCGUGACCAGGUUACAAUUAGAGAUAAGACGGUGAACCCAGCACCACCUCAUUUUUCGGAACAAAGGAAGGACAUCUUGGAGGCGAACAAACAGAAUCUUGGGAGGAGGCCUCAGAAGCAGUCCUCGUACCUGCAGAUGCACCGGAGACAGUGCGGAGACCCCGCAAAGCGUAAACUUCUGUGGAAAAGGCAGGAGGAGCAAAGCGCCGCCACCACCACGGCGCUUCGUAGCAUCCACAGCGAUGCCCAGGAGGAGGCCGAGUUCCCAUCUCCCGGCGCCUUCCCCGUGCACAGGAAGCCGGAGAGUACGAACCAACAUUACAACUUCUCCCAACUUCUCCCAAGCAACGCCGAUGGAAGACACCAGUUUCCAGGACAGCUUCCUGCUCAGAGCCACCGCGCAGUGGCCACACGUUCCUCGCCGGCCGACGAAAUCCAUGCCGGUAUGAACCCCGCGCUGCAGUAUCGCCAGUGGGGCGACGCGAGCGCCGAACUUGGGCAAAUCCCCAUCGGUUUGCAGCACCGUCCUCUCUACGGGCCCAUGCAAGGGGUGUUUCUGGACAAUGCCGGUCACGCUUAUACCUACUCGCAAGUUCCUGGCUACGUACCUGGGCAACCCGUGUUCCCGUUUGUAGCGCACGACGAGACGUGGCCGUCGAACCCGUCGAGGGACGUUCAGCCUCGGGGAACAGCGUUAGACGCCGGAGGGGAACUGUGGACACACGGCACCACAGGGGGCGCGUGGCCAGGUAGAGCAAGAAUCUUGCAUCCUGUGCCGUACGAUGCCCUCCCCGACUGGGACGCGCCCUGCCUGGCUGAGCAGCAGCAGCAUGAGGAUCUGGCUCUCCACGCGCGGACGUCGCCGCUCGUAACGCGCUGCAACUCGGACGGAUGUUUGGACAGACUGCAGACGCAGCUGAAAAACUAUAAGGAAUAUACACUUCAGGAUUAUAAAAACCUCAAUCAAGACAUUAAACUGGGAGGCCUUGGGCCAGAUUGCACCUCUGUUAAAAAAAAGUUGGAGAAAAUCAGGAAGCAACAGAAUUAUGCAAAACUUGUACAGGAGCAGAACCGCUCGCUGCUCGGGAGGCGAGGAACAAGGGCCCCAGUGCACCCCACCUCGGCGCCGGAGGGCGACAGCAAGUCCCGCAGAGAGCAGGCGCUGGAGUACGCGCGCAACGUGCCCCGGCCCCGCUACAGAGAGGCACGCGGGGAAGCGUCUGCUCCCCACGGGGAGCGGCGCGACUCCCCCACCAGUUCGACGGCACUCGACCCCAUGCAGGCACUGUUGGACGACCUGAGACAACGCCACGAGCAGGACAAGCAAGCCGUUGCGGCCUUCAGACUGCACGCGCCCUGACGACGCCCUGAUGCCUGGAUGGGCGCCCCAACUCACGCACUGUCAUGUGGUCUAAAUCGUCGUAAUUCGUGGUGGUGGCGACACUCGUGCCUCACAGCAACAAGGGUUCGAAUAUUUCAAAAGCCGCAAUGCAUGUGAAUACGAGACGGUCCUUAAUAAAUAGCGUGACAAAGCAGUCCUUAAAGAGUCGCACGUGGCUCCAGAGCCACAGGUUGCCGACCCCUGGCCUGGGAGCUGCCAAACGACAAAGCCGACCGAGAUCAAUGUGUGUGGUGUUCUCCGUUUAUUGCUGUACAUCCGUCAUCUCGGGGCGGUAGGGUGGUGGCACCGUGACACUCGUGCCUCAGCAAAAAUGGGCUUGAAUUCAAUUCCUGACUCUGGCGCCUGUCUGCGUGGAGUUUUAUUGUUUUGAACGUUGUGCAUGGGUUACUUCCCAGAGCUAAAACAAUAUCCCAAUGCAAAUAAAUGCCUGUAAAUUACUCAGUUGGGAUUACACAGCAGUUAUAGUGCCCUCUGCUGCAAAAAUGUUGGUCUGACCCUCCUGAAAGAGUCCAAGACUCGGCAAGGCUCUAGUGGAUAAGCAAGCGAAUUCAACGAAAGCCACCACCACUUCUUACAAUCCUGAAAUCUACAAAUCCAUCUCGGACGCAUUCCAUUCCUUAACUGCUACUCUGGUGUUCUUUACUAAUGUCCAUCGUCCCUUCAAGCAAUAUUUCCAGCCUAAGCCCUCUCACUUUUCUUAGCAGUUUCGAUGGUGCCACUAACCUAUGUAUGUUCUCGAAUCCGUGUGUUCUUGUCUCUAUAUAAUUUCAAGCGUGCAUCUCUCCACGCUUCUUUGCGCCCUUUUCAGUUUACUUUUGGUCGCCUACACUUCCACGCCUGAAUGUUCAAAAUGUUCAACCUAGGUCUACUCUUAGAUAAUCUAAAAGUAACUUACUUGCAUUACACACUUCCUCAAGUGGGUAUUUUAACAUGAUUACACAUUUUUAAACGUGUUAUAUUCUUACACGUAGGAAUGUGGGGUACGUGGAGUGAAAAGGCAUGAGGAUUGCACGACCCAAGGGCCACAGCUGUGAGGUUGAGCUGGAGAGGGGCGAUGCGGUGAUCAAAGCAGUACCGGUCCCUCACCCCUCCCAACACCGCUUCCCCCACCCCAGUCUCCUUUGUUCCAUUCUGAGUCUAUUAGGCUUAGGGCACGAGUGACUUAAAUUAUCCACUUCAGGUUUUUUUUACUUUUAAACAGUUUCCUAAAUUUUAAUUUAUAAUCAAGUUACUAAAUACUGUGCUUUUAAAACGUCCAGGUGGCUCAUCGUCCCGCUGUAUACCGACCGCAGCCACCGCUGUUGAUGGUACAGAUGGUGCCGUGGUGCCAUGGUACCGCAACAAAUCAAUAGCCGCAUGAGGGUGGACACGCAUGGGGGGUGAACACAAAACUGCCGAGUCAAGGCAAGACCUUCAGACAUCACGAGGGUGGAGAGUGGCACUGCCAGUGUAAAUAUGAAAUGGGAGUUUCCAUUUCCCCAUUAUUGUAGAACGCGUGGGGUUUGCGGAGGCUUGGAAACAUUGCAGGGUUGACGCUGAGAGCCGUCGCUGCAAAACGUCCAGACCUGAUGACCGAUGUCCAAGGGUCUAAUAUCACCACAUGAAGGCGUUCGCAUUGACUCAACUGUGGGUUUAUGUGAAUGCAAUAGAACACAAUUUAUAAUAAUUUCUCAUUUCAUUCUCAGUGACGUAUAAGUGGUCACAGGAAUCAUCACUAGAUCUGCGAGGUCAGUACUUGCAGGUCACAGGAUUUUGUGUGAAUUUCAGUAUAUAUCCGUGAUGGCAUUUCCCAUAGCAAUACCGGUAAGUUUGGUUUUAUCCAAUAAAUGAUGCGAUGGCUCAG